GCCAGAGGAGUCGGGCGACGAGGGGGUGGCCCGCUGUGCGCGCUCCAUCCUGAACAAGCUCACGCUGGAGCGGUUCGACCCCCUCUACGAGCAGCUUGCUGGCUGCGGUGUCAGGACGCCUGCCCACGUGGCGGUCCUGAUGCGGGAGAUCCACGAGAAGGCCACCAGCCACAACACCCGAUCUUCGCCGGCAUGUACGCCGACCUCUGCGCUCGCCUGGAGAAGGACCCGCGCGUCGCGCCCGCCGUGGACUCCCAGCAGCAUGCCUUCCGCCGCCUGCUGCUCAACGAGUGCCAGGCCGCCUUCGAGCGGCUGCUCGAGCCGCAGGCGGAGGGCGGCCCUCAGGACGACGAGGAGCUCCUCGGGCGCUGGCAGAGCUGCGGGGACGCCCUGGAGUCCCUGGCGGCGCUCCUGACCGUGGCUGGCCCGACGUUCGACGUCGAGUCGUGGGCACUGAAGCAGCAGGUGGACGCCAUCUUCGCCCGCGUCGGCGAGCUCGUGGCGACGCCCGCCCUGCCCGCGCGCACGCGCUUCCUGCUGCGCGACGUGCUCGACCUGCGCUCGGCCGGCUGGCCCAGCCAGGCCGGAGCCGCCACGAAGCGCCCGGAGCCAAUGACCCUGUGCCAGGACCACAUGACCCUGGGGCAGGUCCGCGGGUCCGCAGGCUGCACCACGGUGCCGCCAGCCGCCGCCGCCGCCGCCGCGGCGCGGGCGGACGCCGAGCCGUGCCCCGACCGCGGCAGCCUGCGCGCCGCCGCGGCAGAGUUCACCCCGCUGGCGAGGUGCGGCAACCUGCGCAGCGCCGCGGCGGAGUUCACCCCGGCGGCGCAGCGCGGCAGCCUGCGCGCCGCCGCGGCAGAGUUCAUCCCGGCGGCGAAGGCCCCCUCGCCGGCCACGCCCACGACCGCGACGCCCACGUCUUCCGCGCCCGCGUCGCCCAAGGUGGCCCCGAGGUCGGGCGGUCCCUCUGAGCUGGAGCUGGCGUCGAGGCCCUUCAGCGUGCGCGACUUCCACCGCGAGCUCUCGGCCGUCAUGAAGGACCUCGGCGUGGACCGCAAUGUGGGGGUGGCGGUGCGCAGAAUCCGCGCGCAGAACGUUCCGAAGACGCACCAGGCCAGGGAGUUCGCCGACGUGCUGACCCGGGCGGCGGAGGAGAGCCGCGGACCCGUGCGUCGCUCCGCCUUUGCGUUCGCGGCCGGCCUCGCGGCCUCCGCCUCGGACAGCGCCUUCGGCCGCGAGGAGUGCAUGGCGGGCGUCGAGGCCUUCUUCGGGGAGG